CCUGAGUUGUUGGUUGACUAAGCAAUUGUUAUCAUCAAUUAUCAAAAAGUAAUCGUUGUUUAAAUUCUUUUUUAAUCCUAAAAAACUCGAGCAGUUGAAUACUGAAAUUUGAAAGUCUUGGUUCCAUUCCGUCAAGUGGAUUUGGUGUUGUAGUUCCUAUAAUACGAUAGCUCGAGUCGACGCUUACUCUGGGGACUCUUCGUUAGUAAAUUGACAUCAAUACAAGAAACCCAGAAAGUGCGUUCACUAAAUUGAAUUUUUGACAAACCAAUCUGUACUCGGAGUAGAAUCUUCUAAUUUUAAUUCGUUGAGUAUAGAUUGUGCCAUCGAUUACGAGAGAAAGAUUCAUUCUAUCGCAUCGAAUUGGGUAUCAUCUUCGUAGUGUUUCAACAACGUAUCCAAGUAGUUGUCAUGACAGAAGCAUGAUCGGUACAUCGGUUGCGAUCCAAUUUUGAAGUUUCUCUACCGUAUACUAACCCGAUAAAUCGAACCUCGAACGAAUUUUCUUGAUGGCUGAACAAGAAGAUAGUACGCUGAAAGAUGUUGCCCUGAAUUUGAAUAAGAAACCGUCGAAAGGCAUAUUGAAAAAUUCUUCCAGUUUUGAAACUUCGGAGUCUACCAAAUGUGUCAAAUCGGCGAAAGAUAAGGCCACGAAAUGGGACGAGAUGAAUAUAAUAGCGACGCUUCAUCCUGCCGACAAGGAUUACGGUCAUAUGAAAGUAGACGAACCAAAAACACCGUUCGAACGCGAAUUACCAGAAGAUCUUCUGGAUGGUGGCGUUGAUCCUAAUUUAUUAGCUGAAACAAUAAAUAAGAAAAAAGAAGAAGAACUCGCUGUUCAUAUGCCCGUCGAUGAUUCAGACAGUGAACCUGAUGAGGAAGAAACCCCAGAACAGAGAGCUGCUAGAAAGGCGUUUGAAAGUAAAAGAAAGGCCCACUACAAUGAGUUUUUCGCUGCAAAAAUGGCUCGUAAAUUACUAGAAGAAGACGAAGACGAAGAUGAAGAUGAAGAUAAAGAGAAGAAAACAGACGAAGAAGAAAACGGUCAAAAUGAAAAUAAGGAUGACGAUGAUGGAGAUGAGCAAUCCGAAGGCACGUCGUCGGCCGCAUUCACUCACGCUAGUUAAGCGUAAACGAUGUCACACUGCUGUACCAAGGUCUCGUAAUAUUUAAUAAAAUUAAGUUAUAGGUAUAUUAAUGUUGUACAUAUUAUUAUUUAUGUUGUAUUCGUGUGUUGUAACUACUUAUUUAUGUUUAUGUAGUCGUUUAUUUAUUUUUUUGCAAUUAUUAUUUAUCAUCAUCACCAUCAUUAUUAUGCUCGAAUGCGAAUGUAUUCGACGGAAGUCCACCUACUACUAAAAUGCUGUUUCAUUUUUAGUCAUGAUCCAAUUGAGCAGUAUUCGGCGUUUCUGUUUAACAACCUUAUUGUUAUUAUUUAAUAUGUAUCAUUAUUGCAUCCAUCUAUUUAUCUAUGACAGAGAUACAUAAAAGUUGUCUCGCUAGCGUUUUGAUUUAUACUGUAGGUAAUUUAUUUUGCUCUUUUUGUGGAUUACAACAUGGUACGGAAUAGUGCUUUUGAAUAAGAUUGUUUCUCAGAGUG